AUGGAUUUGAUCGCAUACCUUCGAGGAAUUUUUGACAAUGAUGAUGGUCCUGGAUCGAUUCUUCUAUUCGGUCUGCAAGCUGGCCUUGGUCCCGCUAACGUCCCGGAAGAGAUGCGUGGAAGUGUGCUCCCGGCCUGGCGUGAGACGUAUGCACAUGCCAUGAUAUAUGGAGCAUCGAUAAAUGCAACUGGUGACGCGAAUGAGUCCUUGCAAAGGGGUGCCGAGUGGUAUGAGGCAUAUAAAGAGCCUUUUUGGAGAGAAUGGGCCCCUAAUACGGGUGCCUACAUGAACGAAGGAAAUCCUUUCAGUUCUACAUGGAAGCUCGAUCUCUAUGGCGACAACUGCGAUCGACUUCUUGAAAUCAAGCGCAAGCAUGACCCUAGUGAGAGCCUUUACACUUGGAGUGGACUUGGUAGUGAUAUGUGGCAUUAUGACUUAAGGAUCAUAAAUGGGUUCUAG